UCUGAGUAAUCCAAAUUCCCAAAAGAAAACAAAAAACAUGAACCUUAUUCCAGACAAAAUCAAGCUCAUGGAAAAGAGAUUAGGUUCAGGGAAACCUAACCCUCCAUCACGACCUAACUCCUACUGGGAUGACCCUUAUCGGCGACCCUAUUUCGAUAAUAGCACUAUUCGGAACGUCACUGCUCCCCUUGGGAAAACGGCUUAUCUUCACUGUCGGAUUCGACAAAUUGGAGACAGAACAGUGUCUUGGGUACGUCAGAAGGACCUUCACAUACUGACCGUUGGCCGAUAUACAUACACUAGUGACCAAAGGUUCACUUCUCUCCACCUGGAUGACUCAGACGAUUGGACUCUCAAGAUUCAAUAUACCCAAAAAAAUGAUGAAGGAAUUUUUGAAUGUCAAGUCAGCUCUGAACCGAAAAUAAGUCUUCCUAUACUACUAAAUGUUGUGGUUGCAAGAGCCACUAUCCCAGAAGGCCCCAGUAUUUACGUGCAUAGUGGAAGCACUAUUAACCUGACAUGUAUCAUAAGCGACAGCAGCGCCCCUCCAGUAUAUGUGUUCUGGUAUCAUAACGGUAGGGUGAUCAAUUAUGACUCUGUGAGGGGUGUACAAGUUAAAACCGAGACUGGACCAACCACCGUUAGCAAACUAAAGAUAGAGAACAUCAAGACUACCGACUCUGGUGAUUAUAGCUGCACGCCAUCUUAUGCUGACCCCGCAAAUAUCACUGUUCUUGUGAUAAAUGGAGAAAAACCCGCAGCCAUGCAUCAUGGUGUGACGUCUGUUGGUGUAGGUGUGUGUGUCCUGCCGGUCUUGGUGUUGAUCUUUGUGCUGUUUGGACUACUUUGUUUGACAGAUGUUUUAGCCAGAUAGCUACGUUAGAAGCUGCAGGUGAAUUCGAGUUAUUCGUCAAUUUCAGUAGAACAAUCUGUGAUGAAAAGAUGUCGUAGUUGAUUACGUGAUUACCUGAGAAUGUGUCUGAUAGUUUGUUCUUUCAUGCUUUAAACCUCAAAAUAUACCUUCAUACUUGUGACACGCUAUCUUGGUAAUCGUUUACGCAAAUUUUGUUGUAAUCCAAGUGAACCAGACACUCACUGAUCACCACUGUCGUGUUUCGAGGAAAAUAAAGCAGAAAACGAAAGACUUAGGGAAACUGGUUAGUCUCGUUGUCAUUUUGUAGGUUGCGACAGAUAUUGGCUUCACAAAGAAGUGAUUGGAUUAAGUGCACCUAAUGUUCAACUGUUGGAUUUACAUGUCUACAUUACGGACCAAGCAUGUUGUUUCUUUGUCAAACUGAUCAUGUUGGCCCUCUACUUAUUUCUUAGCUGUCGGUAUACAACCGCUACUGCUCAACAACCAAGGAAGAAGACUGAAGAAUGCGAGUCAAGAAGAAAACUAUUUCAUGUAUUACUCACUAAAGUUCGAAAACUCGUAACUGAAUCAUUUUGUCACUUUCUCGUGUCAUU